CUCUUUCUGUUUACAAGACCCUUUAAAAAUAACAUCAUCGUUGAAGUGAUGUUCAAAAAAUGCUGCUUUUGUGUGUCAUUGAAGAAAGGAAGUUAUUUAAUUGGUGUAUAUGCUGUGUUGGCUAGCCUUGCUACUAUGCAAUAUUUAAUAUACGAGGCUGAGAAUUUAAGAAAGGAGGAAAAUGAACCUGAAGAAAACCUUCAUCAAAAACUUCAAAGAAAACAAUUUUUCGUCAUCCUAAUGGCCUGUCAAGUUUUUAAGAUCUGUGCUGGAAUAACUAUUGUGUUGGCUGUUUGUAAGGAAAAGCCAAAAGUGUUAAUAGUGGCAGCUGUUUCAUUCUUUUCGGUUUUCGUCCAUGCACUUAUUGUAGAAUUCAUAAAGUUGGCUGCCACAGGUAAUGGGACUAAAGGGUUGAUUUCAGCUGCGCUCACAAUAUUUUUGAUUCUCUAUUUCACUUUGAUUCUCUGGAGUCACGCCCAAGAACUAAUAAAAGAAGAAGAAUGGGAAUAUUAUGAUGACGAAUCAGUUGACCAGGAUCCUUAA